AUGCGCUCAUUCACCCCUCUGGUUCUGGGCCUCUUGGGUGCUACUGCAGUCUAUGCUACAGAACCUGCAGCUGAUGUUGACUCAAACGUUCACACGUUGACUACAGAGACCUUUGAUGCCUUCGUGAAGGAGCAUCCUCUGGUCUUGGCUGAGUUCUAUGCUCCAUGGUGUGGCCAUUGCAAGGCUCUAGCCCCCAAGUAUGAAGAAGCUGCAACAGAGUUGAAGAGUAAAGAUAUUCCUUUGGCUAAGGUGGACUGCACAGCUGAGGAGGAGAUCUGCAAAACCUAUGGUGUCGAUGGAUACCCUACCCUCAAGGUCUUCCGUGGCCUUGACUCACCUAAGCCAUAUGGAGGUGCCCGUAACACUGACUCGUAUGUUUUUGAAACCUCAUAUCCUACACCAAGUGAACUUGGCUAA